AUGACCUUGUUUGAAAUUUCUACUUCUUUCUACCCAAGUUUUCGAUUGCCAGCACACAUGUUGAUUAGAUUGGUUCACAAACCAUCGAUGUGCGCACGUGACCUCAUCGCACUGAAUUCUUUUUUGGUGUUUGUGGGUAAAUUUAUCUCUACAUCCACGAUGGUCAAAGGUACAAAACGUUCUGCCUCCAAACUGGAGAAGAGUAAGAGCUUCAAGAAGGCUAAGACAACUCCUCAACCACUUCCAGAAAGUGACAGUGCAUCUGAAAAUGACGUGACUAUCUAUGAAUCGGCUGAGGAAGGCUCUGACUUAUCAAGUGAUAUUUCUGAUUCUUCUGAAGACGAACUUGAUAAGCUUGAUGAGGAGGAGGAAGAAGAAGAAGACGAAUUGGACAUAUCUGAAAAGAGUGAUGACAGCUCUGAUGAAGAAUCAAUGGAGGAAAAGGAUGGCGAGUCUGCUGCUGACCCAAAUAAGAAAACUUCUGCUGAACAACACGCAGAGCAAAGAAAGUUGCUUGCGGAACGUAAGAUGAAAAGGAAGUCUGGUGCAGAGGUAGAGAGAAUCAAGUCUUUAUGGGAGAAAUUGAGAGUCAAAAAGCCUGCUCCUCCUAAGCAGGUAAGAGACAAGUUGUGUGAUGAGAUUUGGGAAUUGUCCAACGACGUCAUUUACGACUUGGUUUUAAAGCAUGAUGCUUCUCGUGUUGUCCAAACUUUGGUCAAGUAUUCUUCCAAGGAAAGAAGAGAUUUGAUCGUUCAAUCUUUGAAGGGUAACUACUACAAGUUGGCUACUUCUUCUUACGGCAAGUACUUGUUAGUCAAACUUUUGCAUUACGGAUCGAAAGACUCUCGUGCGCUCAUAGUUAAUGAGCUCCACGGCAAGUUACGGAAGCUUAUGAGACACAAGGAAGGUGCUUACGUCGUUGAAGAUUUGUUUGUUUUGUAUUCGACCGCAGAACAAAAGCAACAAAUGAUUAGAGAGUUUUGGGGAGCAGAGUAUGCCGUCUUCAAAGAUUCUGGUAAGGGAAAGACCGUUUUGGACAUUGUUAAUGAGUCGGCAGAAAAGAGGCAAUUAAUAAUCGCUAAUUUGAGUGGCACGAUCACAGCUUCUGUAGCUAAAGGAUCUACAGGUUUCCAAAUCUUGCAUGCUGCGAUUAAGGAGUAUGUUUCUAUCUUGGUUGAUGACACCGAAAAGAACGACAGUCAAAUCAGAGAACUCAUUGAGUUAUUGGCUGAGCAAUUUGCUGAAUUGGUUCACACCCAAGAGGGUUCCGAAGUUGCUUGUACGCUUAUUGCAUUAGCUAAUGCAAAGGAAAGAAAAAGCAUCAUCAAGUCAUUGAAGGCACAUGGUAAAGAGUUGAUUAAGAACGAGUAUGGUAACUCUGUCUUGAUUACUUUGUUCAUGACUGUUGACGACACAGUUUUACUCCAUAAAUCCUUCAGUACUGAGUUAUUUACCCCAGAUCUCUUGCCAGAAUUGAUUCAAGAGAAAUUCUCUCGCAGACCUUUGUUGUAUUUACUCAAGGGUUUGGAUGGAAAGUACUUUGCUCCCAAGAAUAAGGAAGACUUUGCCAAGUAUGAGCAAUUGGCAUAUGCAAAGACCUCUAAGAAGCCACAAGACCAAAGAAGGUCUGAAUUGCAAAGUAAGGCGUUGCCUUUAAUCUACAGAUCCAUUUUAAGCACUAUUGAUCCUGAAAGUAAUCCAACUUUCACCAAACUUUUGUCAGUGAAUAUUGCGGCGCAGUUUGUCACUGAGCUCACCCUUACCCCAUCUGAAGAUGACGAAAUCAACAACGAAUUGAGACCUCAACUUGUUAGUGCAUUCUUCGAUCUUACAUUUAAAGGUGACAUUUUAGAAGAUUACCACUUACUUAAUAAAACUCCUUUCGUUUCCAGGUCAUUGAAAGCCUUGAUUCAAGGAAAUGAGUUCAAGUGGGACAAUGAAUCAAAGAAGUUAGUGUUCGUUGAGGGAAAGGAGAUUCCAAGUGUUGGUACGGAUUUUGCUCGGAAGUGUGCAGACAAAUUGAUGGAAGAUGGUGUUCUCAAAAACUGGGUUUCUGGUCAAGGUGCUUUCGUUGUUCUUGCAAUAUUCGAAGUUUUAAGUAUUCUGGAUGCCUCAAAGGCCAAGACUCUUUCUAAAAACUUGAAAAAACUCAAGAGUGACAUGGUUAAGGAUAAGGACAACAAAGGUGCGCAAUUGUUAGUGAAGGCUUUGUAA